AUGUCGAGCUACGAGCAGAUUCCAGGAGAAGUUCAUACUACUCAACCGCAACCUCAAUCUCCAUUCGAGACAUUCCAACAAGAAGAGCCAGAACCACCGAAGGAAACUCGAUUCUACUGCAUCCCAGUUUGCAUUUGCGUCGAGAUCAUGGCUUGCUGUGCCGAGAUCUGCAUGGGAAUCUUCAACUGCCCACGUGGCCGUGCUAACUUCUAA